CCGCAGUCGGGGUUUCAUUCUCGACCCUCUCUCUUGAAGGUUUUUUCUCAACUCGAAGCUCACCACCACCAGCUCGGCAGUCGAUGGCAUUGUAUGUUUCGUCGACCAACCAACUAUCGAGCCUUCAUCCACUCAGCCUUCAGACCGCAACUCCGCCAGAUAAGGAACAUGACGCCCGAUCACGAACCCAACGAAACGCCGGCUGCUGCCCCCCAGGAAGAAAUAUCGAAAAGCGCAUUGAAACGUGCGGCCAAGGAAGCUCAGCGAGCCGCUCUCAGAGCUGCUAAAGGCGUCCGACAAACACCAGAAGCCAACAAGGCAGGAUCGGGUAGUCGAGCAGCCGCCAAGAAGGAGAAAGCCGAAACGAAGGUGAUCGAACCCAUCUUCGUGAAUAAUGUUCCCGAGGGUGAUAAGAAAGAUAUGAGUGAGCCAAUGGCCAGCGGAUAUCAUCCACCAGCCGUCGAGUCAGCAUGGUAUUCUUGGUGGGUCAAAUCCGGAUUCUUCGAGCCCGAAUUCGGCCCCGAUGGCAAGAUCCUACCCGCCGGCGUCUUCGUCGUCCCAGCUCCCCCUCCUAACGUCACCGGAAGCCUACACAUCGGUCACGCCUUAACAAUUGCGAUUCAAGAUACCCUCGUUCGUUGGAACCGAAUGUUGGGCAAGACCGUUCUUUUUAACCCCGGAUUCGAUCAUGCUGGAAUCUCGACUCAAUCGGUCGUCGAGAAGCGUUUGUUCAAAGCAACUGGUCAGACACGGCAUGACCUUGGACGAGAGAAGUUUUUGGAGACUGUGUUCUCUUGGAAGGAUGACUAUCAAGCACGAAUUACCAAUCAACUCAAUCGUCUAGGCGCUUCGUACGAUUGGGGGAGGGCUCGGUUUACCAUGGAUCCGCAACUAUCCAAAGCUGUUGUCGAAGCGUUUGUUCGGCUUCACGAUGAAGGCGUCAUUUACAGGUCUAAUCGACUGGUCAACUGGUGUGUUCGAUUAAACACUGCUCUUUCAAAUGAGGAGGUUGACCAAAUGGAAAUCAAAGGAAGGACAUUGUUGAGCGUCCCAGGGUACGAUGUUCGCGAAAAAUUUGAAUUUGGCGUGAUGGUUUACUUUGCUUGGGAGAUCGAAGGAACAGACGAGCGCAUUACUGUCGGUACCACUCGGCCUGAGACCAUGCUAGGUGACGUGGCUAUCGCUGUACACCCAGAUGAUCCCCGAUACAAACAUUUGAUUGGGAAGCGCCCCUUACAUCCAUUAAUCCCAACACGAAGGAUGAUUAUCGUUGGCGAUGAAAUAGCUGAUCCGGAAAAGGGAACAGGAGCUGUCAAAAUCACACCUGCCCAUUCGUUUGAAGACUACGAAGUUGGAUUGAGACAUCAACUAGAAAUGAUCAAUGUACUCAAUGACGAUGGUACCAUGAACGCCAAUGCAGGCCCUGAAUUCCAAGGUAUGAAGAGAUUUGCCGCCAGAAAGGCUGUGGUUGAAGCACUGAAGGCCAAAGGACUCUGGAUCGAGACGAAGGACAAUGGUGUGAUGCAAAUCCCUGUUUGCUCCAAGAGUGGCGAUUUCAUCGAACCACUUAUCAAACCACAAUGGUGGCUCAACUGCAAGGAACUUUCCCAAGAGACACUCAAGCGAGCCAGAGCUGGCGAAAUCAAGAUUGCACCCAAGGCUACGGAAAAAGAAUGGUACAGCUGGUUGGAAGGUAUGCGCGACUGGUGUAUCUCCCGGCAGCUUUGGUGGGGUCACAGAUGUCCUGCGUACUUCAUCAACAUCGAAGGUCAAAUACAAGAUGAAACCAAUGGUGACUUUUGGGUCGCGGGACGUACUCUUGAAGAGGCACAGAACAAAGCUCAACAGCGGUUCCCCAAUGAAAAGUUCACCCUGCGACAAGAUGAUGACGUGCUUGAUACGUGGUUUUCAUCUGGAUUGUGGCCAUUUUCAAUCAUGGGAUGGCCAGACAAGACGCCCGAUCUGGAGAAAUUUUAUCCUUCCUCACUUCUAGAAACCGGCUGGGAUAUCAUCUUCUUUUGGGUAGCCAAAAUGACGAUUCUUGGUGUCAAACUUACCGGGAAAAUGCCGUUCAGUGAAGUGUUUUGUCAUGCGAUGAUUCGGGAUGCUCACGGAAGGAAGAUGUCGAAAAGUAAAGGAAACGUGAUCGAUCCGAUCGAUGUGAUCGAUGGAAUUACACUUGAUGCGCUGGCUAAUCAAUUGCAAACCGGAAAUCUCGAUGAAAAGGAAUUGAAAACCGCUCUCGCUGGUCAAAAGGCAGAUUUUGGUAAAACUAACGGAAUCCCACCUUGUGGUGCUGAUGCCUUACGAUUUGCGCUCUGCGCUUAUACAUCUUCUGGCCGCUCAAUCAAUCUCGAUGUUCUUCGUGUUGAAGGUUAUCGGAAAUUCUGUAACAAGCUCUGGAACGCGACCAGAUUCGCUCUAUUGAAACUAGAUGAUGGCUUCACUCCUCGAUCCUCGGCUGAUCCCAAUGGAAAGGAGACUCUAGUCGAAAAGUGGAUUCUGCACAAGCUAAAUGAAUGCAGUCUGAAUGUCAACAAAGCUCUAGAAGACCGCUCGUUCAUGGCAGCCACCUCUGCGGUCCAUGAAUUUUGGCUUUACGACUUGUGUGACGUCUACAUUGAAGCUAUGAAGCCUAUGACUGCACCAGACACCCCGAUCGAGAACAAGGUUUCAGCUCAGAACACACUGUACACAUGUUUGGAUGAAGGCUUGAGGCUCCUCCAUCCUUUUAUGCCAUUUGUGACAGAAGAACUCUGGCAGAGACUGCCCCGCCGGCCAGAGGAUGCCACACCGUCUAUCUGCAAAGCGGCUUUCCCCACCCACAGACCAGUAUUUGAAGCUGCUAAAGCCUUAGAAGACUUCGACACGGUGUUUGCUGCGGUCAAAGCUGUCAGGUCGAUCGCAGCCCCAUAUGGCUUGCGGACAAAUCUCCAAGUAACCGUCUGCUCGUUAGACCAAGAUAGCGCAAAGCUGUUAGAAACUCAAAUUCCAACAAUCCAGACGUUAAUCAAGGGAUGUACGGCGGUAGUUGUAGUCACCGACACUAAAGAUAUACCAGCUGGGUGUCUUGCAGAGUCUAUAAAUAGCAAUGUUACGGCCCACCUUCUCGUUGCAGGGGUAUUGAAUCUCAAAAACGAAAUUACCAAAGCUGAAAAAAGGAUUCUAGCGAUCGAAAUGUCAGUGGAAAAACUCGAGAAACAAAUGAAACUGCCCGAAUACGAAAGCAAAAUCCCCGAUGAUGUUAAAGAAUCAAAUUCAAAGAUGUUAUUGAACUAUCAAAAGGAGAUCGAAACCCUUCAAACCCAAAUCGCCAGCUUCUCUGCUAUGGAUAAAUGAGGUUCAUUUUUUGCUUAAGAAUAGUUAAAUAAAAUGUUAUUUCUUUGUUUAUCAUUGGUAAUCCAUUAUUAUCAAUAA